GCACGUCUCUUCCGCACUCUCCGAUUCCAACAUGUCGCCGUCCUCGUCAAUGCUGAUGAUGUCGAAGCUGCUGAGGCCAGUUUUCUUGCAGAGCCGGUCCGCGAACUUAGCACAAGUGCUUGGUGUUCCUUUUUCCAGUCAGCAUGGAAGAACAGUUUUCACUUCUCAAAUUAUUCCUCCACCUGCCAGGUAUGGCGGCAGACACACAGUUACCAUGAUACCAGGAGACGGCAUCGGACCUGAACUCCUGCUGAAUGUCCGUGAGGUCUUCAGAUUCUCUUGUGUGCCUGUUGAUUUUGAAGUGGUCAAUGUGAACUCAUCCUUGACAGAAGAAGAUGAUAUUAAUAAUGCAAUAACUGCCAUUCGCCGCAAUGGAGUUGCUUUGAAGGGUAACAUUGAGACCAAUCACACAAUGCCACCCUCACACAAAUCCAGGAACAACUUACUGCGGACCAGUCUGGACCUUUAUUCCAAUGUGAUCCACUGUCGCAGUAUGCCAGGCCUGCAAACUAGACACAAGGAUAUUGACAUUAUUAUAAUCCGUGAGAAUACAGAGGGGGAGUACAGCAGUCUGGAGCAUGAGAGUGUGCCAGGCGUGGUGGAGAGUCUAAAAAUUAUCACCAAAUCUAACUCUCUACGUAUUGCUGAAUAUGCCUUCAAGUUAGCACGAGAGCAAGGCCGCAAAAAAGUCACUGCCGUGCACAAAGCCAAUAUUAUGAAACUGGGUGAUGGACUUUUCCUGCAGUGCUGUAAGGAAGUGGCAGCGGGAUACCCAGAUAUAACCUUUGAAAACAUGAUUGUUGACAAUACUACUAUGCAGCUGGUCUCCAGGCCCAAUCAGUUUGAUGUCAUGGUGAUGCCCAACCUGUACGGGAAUGUGGUCAGCAAUGUCUGUGCUGGUUUGGUGGGAGGACCAGGGCUUGUACCCGGAGCAAAUUAUGGACGUGAUUAUGCUGUCUUUGAAACGGCUACAAGGAAUACUGGGAAAAGCAUUGCAGGCAAGAACAUUGCAAACCCCACUGCCAUGUUACUGGCUAGCUGCAUGAUGCUGGACCAUCUUCGGUUGCAUGACUAUGCUACUUUGAUUCGAAGUGCAAUUUUUAGGACAAUGAAUGAAACCAGGAUGCACACCCCUGAUGUUGGAGGUCUGGCUACCACAUCUGAGGUGGUUCAGUCUAUUGUAAGGUUGAUUCAGGAAAAUUCCUUGCACAGACAAACAGCUGUGUGAUGAAGCCUUGGUGCAUAUGCUGCAGACAGUUAUUCAUACCUUCUCCAAAUCAUCUUGGAGUCUUAGGUUCUGCCAAGGAAUAUGCUGAUUUGCAGUCAAGAAAAGUCUGGAUUACUAGUGCUGGUCCUGCUGACAGCUGCUUUAGCAUAGUGUCUUCUCUAUUAUCUUUAUUUAUUGCAAUGUUUCUGUAAAGCUUUAUUUUGUAAAACUGUGUAAUAAAGGGCAUAUUUAAUUUGCA